CUUGCUCUAUGCUCUAUUCUACAAUUCCCUUAUAAGAGCUCUCGUUUGAAGUGAUUUCACCUUUCAGCUCUUUUUCCCGCUCCUUCUCUGUCAAAGUAGAAAAAAAAAAAAUUGAAUCUUUAAUGAUGGGCUAGUUUUUUAUUUUAUUCUAUUUUAUUUAUUUUGUUUUGUUUUGUUUUGUUUUUUGGCUUUGUACAGGUUAUAUUUAACCAUUUUUUGAUAGGAUUGUAUUUAGCUUGAGAUUUCUUUAACAUUCUUUGUUGAUGGGAAAGUAAGAGCAGAUGCAGAAAAGAGUUGGGGACAAUAACAAUAUUAACUCAAGAAAAACACUUUUGCAUCCUCAUAAAAAUUAUUUGCAGGGAAAAAAGAUGGAAGUGCAGGGAAUCAAACCACAAACUGAAGAGAAAAAAACAAUGGCCAACAGUCGCCAAUCGGCAAAAGAACGAAAAAUGGCCUUAUUACAAGAUGUUGAUAAUCUAAAGAAGAAACUAAAACAUGAAGAAAAUGUCCACAGAGCUUUGCAAAGGGCUUUCACUAGACCUUUAGGAGCUCUGCCUCGUCUCCCUCCUUAUCUCCCUCAAUAUACACUCGAGCUUCUAGCUGAGGUGGCCGUUUUAGAAGAGGAAGUCGUACGUUUAGAAGAACAGAUUGUGAAUUUGGAAAAUGCAAAUAACGAGCUGUCGAUAGGUAGCUUUAAACGAGGCCACUCAAGAUCUUCAUCUCUAAGUGAUGCUAAUUUUGGAUCAAUCCAAACGAGGCCUUACCGUUCGCCUUCACCUUCUCUCUCGAGAGUUGCUUCAAUCAGAAAGAUUUUGUUUUCCGAGCAUUUUCCUGAGAGCCCACCGAUUAAUAAAUGGAGUGCGAAUUCUUGCAAGGAAAUCAAACCGAAUGCCGGAAAGAAAUCAUUGGAAAUGAAAAACACUGUCAAAAGACGUACGAAUCCUCCGAAAAUGCAGUGUAGAAUUGUAGAACAAGCGCAAGAGACAUCUUCGAGUUCAUCAGAUGGUAGAGUUGUUGAUUCCAAUAGUGAGGCGAAUAUAUUGUCUGAGGAUAUCUUGAACUGUCUCAUCAAUAUCUUUGUGAGAUUGAGCUCGUCGAAAGGGAAGAAAAUGGAAUCGGAAUCUUUUUCAUCUGCAUUCAGUGAGAAGAAUAACGAGGAAUCGAACUUCCGGGAUUCAAAUUGCAAUUUGUCAGAGUCCAAGAAGAGAGAUAUUGGAACUGAAAAAUAUCUGUAUGUAAUAGAAGCUCGAUCGAUUGAUAUUAAACGGAAAACGAAUGCGUCGUUUUUGAUCCAGAGGCUUAAGAUUCUUCUAGACAGGCUAUCAUCUGUGAGGUUAGAUGGUCUAAGCCAUCAUCAGAAGCUUGCAUUCUGGAUAAACAUAUACAAUGCCUCCAUUAUGAAGGCUUACUUGGAUCAUGGAAUACCCGAAAGUCCUGAGGAAAUCGUCCAUCAAAUGCAAACGGCAAGAAUAAAUGCUGGUGGACAUAAGCUAAAUGCAGUUAUGAUCGAGCACCUUAUCCUGAGACUUCCAAAUCACUUGAAAUACACUUGCUUAAAAUCAGCGAAAAAUGACGAAAGGACAAUAUGCAAAACACUCGGUUUGGAUUGGUUCGAACCUCUCGUCACAUUUGCACUAUCCUGUGGAAGCUGGUCUUCUCCAGCUGUGAGAGUGUACACUGCAUCUCAAAUAGAAACGGAGUUAGAAGCAGCCAAAAGGGAGUAUUUACAAGGGGCGAUUUUCGUUUCAUCUUCAGACAAGAUAGUCAUUCCUAAGUUGCUCGAUUGGUACCUUUUUGAUUUUACAAAGGAUUUGGAUUCGUUGCUCGACUGGCUUUGUUUGCAGCUGCCAGAUGAUAUUCGAGACGGAGCUGUAAAAUGCGUUGAGAGAAGGAUAAAAGAGCCUCUGUCAAACUUGGUGCAAGUGAUGCCAUAUAAUUUUAGUUUCAGGUACCUUAUAUACAGGUGAAAGGUUUUGGUGAUAAUGCAGGAUUGUACAAUGUACACUGUUUUUUUCUUUUUUUUUUAUAAUAAAAUUUAUACAUAGAAUUUAUUUCAUUUAAUGUUGUGGCAAUAAUGUAGGAUUUUUUGCUUUGGGGGGGUGAUUGGAUUGUGGUUGAAUGUAUUUUGAAGAGUGUAAAUUCUGCUGAUGAAAAUUACUUUUCUUUGGUGCUGCCUGUCA